AUGAACGAGAAGGGGUCAAACUAUCACUGGGCAGAAUCCGACAUAUCCGCCUGGGCAAAAGAGGAAAUCUCCGAGGCAUUAAAGUCGAGAGGAUAUGAGGUGCAUGAGAUGGAUGUGAUGGUUAAGAUAUGCCAGAGGAUGAGCACGUUGGGAUUGGUGUACAUGAUAAGCUUUGAAUGCACGAAGGACGGAAGGUACUGUGGUGUAAGAAACUUCUACUCUGUAUCUGAAAAGGCGGAGGGGAUGGAGGACUUUGAAUGGUUUCCAGGUUUCUUCAAGGAGAUGGAGGGAGAGGCAGUGCUCAAGUUUGGUAACAGGGUUCUCGAUGUCAACAGGGAGGUUGAGAGAAAGCCCUGUGCCAGAAAUAUAACUGCAGAGGACGCAAGGACUGCAGACAUGAUCUACAAGGCAAGCAUUAACUGCGAGGUUGACGAGCUUAAGAACUUCAUCCUAUCCCAUGAGUAUAUUUCUGUGUGGAGCGGGUCCAGGGCAAUGUUCGAGGGAGACGACAUCCUGAUAGACGGGGUAGUCAUUCGCAGACUGAGAGAAAAGGAUGGAGAGAUCAGGAUGGAAUGGAAGCUUCGGGAAUGGAGCGACUUUACCGAUGCUAAGAUAAUGCUUGAGCCUUACCUUAGUAGCUCAAAGAUAACUGUGAAGCAAAGAAACAUCCCGAUUAAGGAGGAAGGAAGCAUUAGGAUGUGGUGGCAGGAAAGGAUGUUUACCCCGAUUUCAGCCUGCUUUGGAUUUGUUCUAAGACCUGGAGAGCACGUAUGA